CCAUGCGAACUUAAUGCUGCGAUAAAACAGCUUAAGUGCAAAAAGUCUCCUGGCGAAGACAGUAUUCAUCCAGAAUUUCUAAUUAGAAUGGGACCAAAAGCCAAGGAAACCAUGCUGACGCUUUUCAAUAAAAUCUGGGAGAUCAGCCUCGUUCCUAACCAAUGGAAAGUUGCCAUAAGACAAGGGAGUCUGAUUGUGAAACCUACAGGAGGAAAUGGAGAAGACCCAUCUGAUUCUCUACAGGAGAAAAUGGAGAAGACCCACCUGAUUCGGUGUUCAAAGGAGGAAAUGGAGAAGACCCACCUGAUUCGGUGUCCAUCUCUAAAGACAAUGACGGUAAACCAGAGAUACUUGGAUGCAAGAAGACAGCUUAUGAACUGCUAUUAA